AUGCCUGCUAGGCGCUGCUACAGGCCACCAGUGGAUCCGCAGCCCAGAAAGAUGAUUAAUCUUUUCAAAAUAAAGGGUCAAAAGAAAGAAGAGGCAGCAAGUGCUGCUGGAAAGGCCCCGGUUAAGAAACAGUCUGCUGGGGAGCUCCGUCUUCAUAAAGAUAUUAGUGAGCUCAACCUGCCGAAGACCACAUCAAUUUCUUUUCCCAAUGGCAAGGAUGAUCUCAUGAAUUUUGAGAUCAUCAUCCGACCUGAUGAAGGAUAUUACAUGGGAGGCACUUUUGUUUUCUCCUUUCAAGUGUCCCCAUCUUAUCCUCAUGAUCCUCCGAAGGUCAAAUGCAAGACCAAGGUGUACCAUCCAAAUAUUGAUUUGGAAGGCAAUGUCUGUCUGAACAUUCUGCGCGAAGAUUGGAAGCCUGUUCUCAACAUCAACACUGUUAUUUAUGGCCUGAAUCUUCUUUUUACGCAACCAAACGACGAGGAUCCUUUGAACCACGAAGCUGCAGUUGUCCUUCGUGACAACCCCAAGAUGUUUGAGGCAAAUGUGAAAAGAGCCAUGGCUGGAGGCUACGUAGGCCAACACUAUUUCCAAAGAUGUGCUUGA